CAUUCUUCAUAGACGUCCCUAUUCGUAUUGCGUAUAGUUUAUAUUGGUUUUUUAUGGCCAAUAGAGAAUAUAGUGCUUAUAUAACAAUUUACUGUUAAAUUAAUUAAAUAAAAUGAAACUCGACCUUUUAACGGGCGAAUUAAUUGCCAAGGAUGAAGGUAAAAUGGAGUUAUUUGCGAAACGUACGCAUUAUGUAAUAACUAGUCUAUUCGAAAAAGUUAAACGAGAUGAUGUUAAUAAUUUCCAGUUUCCCAAGUGAAGGGAUUUAAAAAAGUGUAAAUAAUACAUUUUUAGUUCGUUUCGCGAUGAUCGCGUCCCGUUGGUUGCAUAGGAAGCUCUUCCUGAGAGAUUGCAACAAAUUUGCGUGCGUUCGUGCUCGAAUUCGGUUUAGUACAGCCACAGGAAGAGGCGCAAUAAAUAAUGCGAUUAGGUUAGAAACCACGUCCGAAUUUCGUGCGAAAACCGUUACAAUGUCUGGUCAUAGUAUUAAAUUCAGCGAUUAUGACUGUCUAGGAUUCGAUUUGGAUAAUACCAUAUGCCGAUAUAAAAUUGGCGCUAUGAUUAAGUUAGAAUAUGAAACUUUGUCAAAGUUUCUGGUUGAGCAGAAAGGUUAUCCAUCCAACCACUUGCUGAAGCCAAUGGAAAACAACUUGGAUUUCAUGCUAAAAGGACUUAUUCUCGACGUUGAGAAUGGAAAUUUGCUACGCAUCGCAUCUGACGGUCACAUUAUUCACGGAAGCCACGGUACACGAGAGUUAACCCGUCAGCAGCUUGUCGACUAUUACGGCACACCGUGUCGUUGGGAAGCCACCGAUCACUUCUCAAAUGACCCCUUGCAUACAUGGAAUGGACCGUUUUCUGAGAAAAUGCGGACACUUUUGGAUUACUUUGAUAUGCCUGCCGGCCUUGUAUUUGCGCGAGCUGUGGACUCGCUGGACGAACAAAACGGGGGGCCAUUAAAGUCGUACAAAAUUUGGCCAGAUCUCUUAGAUGCAAUACAAGAUAUGUUCCAAAAGGAGCACUUUCAGUUGAACAAAGGCGGCUACUUCAAGGAAAUUAAGGAGAACCCCCAACAGUACAUUCAUAAAUGUAGCGACCAGUUAAUUAAUUGGUUUAAAGGUUUACGAAGCAAAAAUAAACUGCUGUUUGUUAUAACUGGCUCUAAUGUCGAUUUCGCAUCGCAUACAGCUUCCAACUCUCUGGGUGCCGACUGGAAGGAAUUGUUCGAUAUCGUUAUAUGUUUCGCAAAGAAACCCGGAUUUUUUAUUGGUGACCGACCGUUUAUCGCUUUAAACGAUUUUGAAGAAAUUGGGCCCAUCGACGAGAAGGAUUUGAAGCGUGGCGAAGUCUACACUUACGGCAAUUGGAAGGGAUUGCGUAAUUUCCUGAAGAAGCAGUCUGGUCUUGAUGAUCCGAAGAUAUUGUACUUUGGCGAUAAUUUGGUUCAGGAUGUUUAUACUCCGGCUGUUCAUACUCCAUGCGAUACAGUCGCCAUUUGCGAAGAGUUGCAGGCCGAAGGCGUUUUUGGACACGAUCGCAAUCACGCAGACGAGCUGGUUUUAAUAUCUUCGACUUGGGGAUCUUACUUUCACCAUGAGGCGUCGCGUAAGCAUACAAUCUGGCACGAUAUUAUAACAAAACACUCGAAAACUUGCAUUCCAAGUUUGGAGUACGUUGCAACAAAACCAAUCGAUUACGAGUACGGCAGUAUUCAACUGCAAUAAUGCGAUUGAUUUUAUUUCAUUACUCAAGGCUGUUAUUGUAACAAAGUAUUUAUCUUUUGUUUAGAGUUAUAAUGUUUAUUUUGUUCCAUGUUUGUAUCCACUUUAACUUGUUAAGUCACUGCUCAUUUGCGGAAUUUAGGCAUCAAUAUUUAUUUUUUUUUUUAAUAGUUCCGCAACAAAGUGAGCAUCUUCUCUUCUAGAAGUGUACCUUAAACAAUUUUGAUUGUUAUUGUUAAACAAGUUUCAUCAGUACAAACUAGCAAAUACCUUCCUAAUCUUAGUAUAUAUGAUAAUUUAGUUUUAUAUUCUUGUUUGUCUUGUUAAAUUAUUUAUUUUUUGUGAAUAAAUUAAACGUUAUCAAUUAUUU